AUGAGCGCACCGGGGGCGCCCGGGUUAGCCCCGGACUGCCUUGCUGAGGACCAGGCCCCCGCUCAGGCAUCCCCGACGGAUGAAAAUACGGAUCCCGAAGUGUUGCCGCCACCGCCACCAGCUGGGGACGACCCUCCCCGCUCGUCCCCGGAUCGCACGGCUAGUUCCCAGGAGCCGGGGGAGGGCGGCUCAGCUUCUGCCUCCACCGCCCCGGAGGCGGGCUUCGCUACCUGUGGCGAGUUGAGCCCUCGAAUCGAGGAGCCAGCACUUUGUGAAAACGUGAGCCUUCCUGCAGAAGAAGCGAACGGGCCAGAGUCGGGGCCCGGAGAAGCCGUGGAAGGUGUGUCUGAGGACCCCGCCCCGGAGAACGAGGGAUACACCACUUGGAACUACAGCUUCUCCCAGCUACCUCGGUUUCUCAGUGGUUCCUGGUCAGAGUUCAGCAGCCAUCCCGAGAACUUCUUGAAAGGCUGUAAGUGGGCCCCUGAUGGUUCCUGCAUCUUGACCAAUAGUGCCGAUAACGUCCUGCGGAUUUAUAACCUACCCCCGGAGCUGUACAAUGACGGGGAGCAGCUGGAAUAUGCAGAGAUGGCCCCUGUCCUUCGCAUGGUGGAAGGCGACACCAUCUAUGAUUAUUGUUGGUAUUCUCUGAUGUCUUCAGCCGAGCCAGACACCUCCUACGUGGCCAGCAGCAGCCGGGAGAACCCCAUUCACAUCUGGGAUGCAUUCACCGGAGAGCUCCGGGCUUCCUUUCGGGCCUACAACCACCUGGACGAGCUGACGGCAGCCCACUCGCUCUGUUUCUCCCCGGAUGGCUCCCAGCUCUUCUGUGGCUUCAACAGGACCGUGCGCGUCUUUUCCACGGCCCGGCCUGGCCGUGACUGUGAGGUCCGAGCCACGUUUGCCAAAAAGCAGGGCCAGAGUGGCAUCAUAUCCUGCAUAGCCUUCAGCCCAGCCCAGCCCCUCUACGCCUGUGGCUCCUACGGCCGGUCCCUGGGUCUCUAUGCCUGUGAUGGUGGCUCCCCUCUUGCCUUGCUGGGAGGACACCAAGGAGGUGUCACUCACCUCUGCUUCCACCCCGAUGGCAACCGCUUCUUCUCAGGAGCCCGCAAGGAUGCCGAGCUGCUGUGCUGGGACCUCCGGCAGCCUGGUCACCCACUGUGGUCCCUGAGUCGAGAGGUGACCACCAAUCAGCGCAUCUACUUCGAUCUGGAUCUGACUGGGCAGUUCUUAGUGAGUGGCAGCACUAAUGGGGCUGUGUCUGUGUGGGACACCAGCAGGGCUGGACAGGAGGCGAAGCCGGAGCCCGUGCUGAGUUUUCUGCCCCAGAAGGACUGCACCAAUGGAGUGAGCCUGCACCCUAGCCUGCCAUUGCUGGCUACUGCCUCGGGUCAGCGCGUGUUUCCGGAGCCCGCAGAGAGUGAGGACGAAGGAGAGCAGGACGCAGACCUUCCCCUGCUUUCCAUGCGCGGCGUCCACCUUGAAUGUCAGCUUCAGCUCUGGUGGUGUGGGGGGGGUCCCGACGCCAGGGCGGCUGAUGCUCACCGGGGCGAGAAGGGGCCGGGAGGGACUGAGCAAGGCGGGGACGAGUUUGUAUAAAAAGGUUCUCUGUG